AUGCCGCCACACGCGACAGCCGCUGCCAUGGGAACCGUGGUCCUGGCCCUCGUCCUCCUGGGCACUGCAGCCGCCACGCAGGACAACUGUCCAGAAGUGAAGGUGCUGGGGCUGGAGGCUGAGAAUCUCACCGUCCUCCAGGGCUGCCCGGGGCUGCCCGGGGCCCAGGGGCCCAAGGGAGAGGAGAACCAGGCCCAUACGGAGUCCCUGGGAAUGCAGGACCCUCCGGGCGCAAAGGUGUGGGCUCGGGGCCGUGGCCUCCCCUCUCCCAGCUGCCACAUCUUCCUCGGUCCCACGUGUGCGCCGUCUGCCCGCCCGGGGUACAACAUCCACGCCCUGACCGCCCAGGGCACCAACGAGCUCCGUGUGGACCUGGUGGACUUCCAGGACACCCGCCACUUUGCCAAGUACCAGUCGUUCAGGGUGGGGGGCGAGGCCGAGAAGUACAAGCUGGUCCUGGGCGCCUUUGCAGGGGGCAACGCUGGUGACUCCCUGACCCAACACAACAACUCGCUGUUCACCACCAAAGACCGGGACAACGACGGGGCCUUCUCCAACUGCGCUCUGAAAUACCAGGGCGCCUGGUGGUACUACAGCUGCCACUGGUCCAACCUGAACGGGCGCUACCUCGGGGGCUCCCAUAAGAGCCAUGGGAACGGCAUCAACUGGCAUUCGGGGAAGGGGAGUUACUACAGCUACAAGGUGUCCGAGAUGAAGGUGCGGCCCGUGUAGGGCGGUUGGCGGCCUGGAGCAUCUCUGAGCAGGUCCGCGCCCCCAGCACGGGCACAGGAGGCCUCCACGCAAAGGCGGAGCUCACCCCGGCCCCGCCCCUGGCCCAUCAGGGAUCCUCAGCUUUGAGACCCUGACCGACGCCCGCCUUCCUAUCCCGCCUGACAGGGUGAGGGUGACCCUGACCUUGUGCACCGCACGCAUCCUCAAUAAAGCUUCGCCUCCCUCCGCAGCACACGAUUCCCGUCA